AUGGCGGAGCGGUUUUGCGUGCACCUGGCGCCCCUUGACGUCAGCCUCAUGGCGGAGGAGAAAAACGGCGAGGUGGCGCCGCUGCUGCACGUAGAGUUCCACAUGCAGCAGCGGGGGGACGCCCUGUACGAUGAGGCGGAGCUGCGUGCGGAAGGGCGGGACACCAAAUCCAGGGCCUUGCUCACGAGGCUUUACUACGGCGCUGCGAAUAUUGUGCGUGAAAUUGAGGCGGGUCCCGCCCUCGUGCGGGGUCGCCCCAUCGCCGCGGGGGGUUCGCGUCGCUCCUCAGCACACCUCCACCUGCAAAACGGUGACCGGCUGUUCUUCCAGCAGCCGGUGGAGGCGGGGGACUACAUGUUGGCCGUCACCGUCCCGGCGGGUGUGUGGCGGUGGCUGGGGCCGGUGACGCUGCAGAUUCUCCUGGCGACGGCGGUGCGGGGGUAUGAAAUAGCGACAAGCGUCGCCGCCGUUGCCUCCGUCCCGACGUACUACCCGCUGCGGGAGCGCCUAACCGAGAGCGCGGGGGCCGUCGAGGACGCGGUGCGGAGGCGCAUGCAACAAGUCAUGGAAUUUGUGGAAUUGUUAAGCGAAUGCGAGCACCACGAGACGGCGUCGUCCGCAGCGCUGCUGCGAGGCGGCCAGGAGGUCGUUCUCGCCACGCAGCGACUGUGCCACGAGCGCCCCUCACCGGCGCGCAGCGACAGCCGCCUGUCAGGCACACUGCAGCAGCUACUGUGGUCGGCGACGAGCUACGCCGACUACGUUUCCCUCAGCGGUGCCUUCGCCAGCGGCGGAGUGUGCAGUGGGCACAAACGCCUCGUGGUCACGGCGGCGGCGGUGUGGUACCGCGGUGUGCCCCUCUUCAACAGCGGCCCCGGCGACGACUUCGAGGCGUAUCUCUUGCCAGCCGCCCUUGUGGCGUAUGCGGAUCGCUGCUUGGCUUCUCGGGAGGCCACCGCGGUGCAACAGCCCAUCACUGUGAAGUGCCUUUCAAUGCACCGGCAGACCGCCCAAGAGGCGCCACGCGCCGCGGGUUACGUGCGGCAACAUGAGGACGCAAAGGAACAGACGGCCGCCGUCACUCUUGCGUUUGUCUCGUUAGGCGGGUGGAUCAUUGCGCUGCACAUGGAGGCCGCACUGAACGCCUUCACUGGCGCCCCCAUGCCGCACAUCGUCUCUGGCGUAACGGAGCUCAUCACCAGGACACUAGAAACCCCGCGCUUUGCCACGCUGGUCCGCCUGCACACCGCGGGAGGACAAGUGAUGAUGGAAGGCCAAACCGCGAGCACCACCGUCAGUCCUGCUCCUACGACCGCGGCGGCGGCUGCUGCUAUGACCGCCGCGUCCGCUUGUAUUCUCCGUGGCGUGCGACACUUUGGCCUCUUCGCACACUUCUGCGCUGGCGCCAGCUACGCGACGACGGUAGCGCGGGACAUUUGCCUCUACCGUUACCGCCAGACCGCCCCGAGCGAAGUGGUGAGCAAUGAGUGGAGCCUGUGGCCGAGACACACGCAAACGGCCGUGCAACGCCUGGUGGAACUCAGUGCUCUGACGCUCCGACGGCGGUGUCGAAAGGCGUGUGGCGGCGGCGUGGAACGACUCGCAACGUUUUCUUUGCUUCGCGGGCGCCGCUCCGUUGUUGUGCUCUUGGCUGUCCCUGCCUGCAGCCCUGUGCCCAAAGUUGUGUUCUUUUUGGCGGAACUGGAGCCGGAGGGCAUUCCGGCGGCGACCGAGUUGCGCGCCUUCGCAACGUGGGUGUUGAAAAAGGUUGUCUGA